AUGCAAACUGUUUACCUGAAAGGACAUGAAGGACUUGUUCACAAUUCUGUUGGCCAGUUGUCAUCUGUAACUUCAGCUCCAUGGUGGAGUGGCUUAGGAUCUCAACCAGUUUAUGGAGAUUGUUGUGGCCAAAUCAAGCCCUUUUCGUUGGAAUAUUCGAACUACGUCGACCAAUUUGAUGCUAGUAAACAAAUGGUAAGAGGAGUUGAGCAAUUUAUGGAUAAAGGACAUGGAAACCAGUUUUCCAUCUUUCCAGAUGAAUGUAGAAUGUUGGGUAAUGCACAACAUCCUCAGGCAAACUUAUCACUGCAGCCAUCACUUGCUGAGCUCCCCAACCAUUUCGAUAUCGGGUUUAAUCAGCCAAUGAUCUGUGCACAAUAUCCUUGUAUGGAUCAGUUUUAUGGGCUCAUCUCCGCUUAUGGACCUCAAAUUUCGGGACGUGUAAUGCUUCCGAUCAACAUGGCAUCUGAUGAUGGACCAACAUACGUGAAUGCUAAGCAGUACCAUGGAAUCAUCAGACGCAGGCAGUCACGUGCUAAAGCUGUACUUGAAAAUAAAUUGAUCAAACGUCGCAAGCCUUAUAUGCAUGAAUCGCGCCAUCUACAUGCAAUGCGGCGACCAAGAGGAUGUGGUGGUCGCUUCCUGACAAAAGGGUCUAGUAAUGGAAAUGGUGGAAAUGUAAGCGAAGUGAAUAAAACCGGUAGCCUGCAAUUUCUGUCUAGUGCCUCUCAGUGUUCUGAAAAGGUGAAAUCUAAGGUUGGAACUUUGAAUUCACCAAAGGAGACAAAUCAAUGCAAUCGAAACAUCUCUUGUCCAGAAGUGAGAAGCAUGUAUAAUCGGGGAGUUUUUGAUGGCUUUUCUGUCAAUCCUCUUGGAUCUUCUGUCCAUUCUAUGGCAGACAUGAUAGGUAGUGAGCAUGGUAUCACCAUGCCCACUAAAUGGGUUGCAGCAGUGCCAAACAACUGA